AUGGCAACAUUUUGGUCAGGAAGACCUGGUUGGUUAGGAAAAGUAGGAAUAGCAUUAUUGGCUACAUGGCUUUUGGUACUAAUUGUAUCAGUGUCACAUAUCUUUAAGACAAAUAGUUUAUCUUCCAACAAUGAGAGUCCUACAAACAAAGAAAAUGCUCAACGUUUAGCUCAAAUUAUGAAUGACUUUGAGAUUCUUAAAAGGCAAAAUGAAGCAUUGAAAAGUAUAGUUUUAGGAGAAAGGUCAAAGUCUAUUCAAGGGGACCAUUUAGGGUCAGUACAUGAAAAGUUAGACAAAGUGUCUCUUUAUGAUGAUUUUUUGGACCAUCAAGAUAAUUCUAAACCUGGUAUCCCUUCAUUAAAAUAUGAAGAAUUGCGAAGAAGAAUAAGAAAUAAUAUACAAGAAACAUGGUAUUAUAUUAGUGCAGAAUUAAAUAAACUUAGAAAACCUAUUGAUAAACCAAGUUAUGAACAGAAAGAGAAGAAAAUACAAGAUAUAUUAGAAAAUGUUUGGGAUCAUAAAAGAUCUCUUAUAGUAGAUAUUGAUAGAUUAACAAAAGCAGAUGGUUAUAAUGAAUGGCGUAAGAAAGAAGCAAAAGAUUUAGCUGAUCUUGUACAAAGAAGAUUCAAAGCUUUACAAAAUCCAAGUGAUUGUAAUAAAGCAAGAAAGUUAGUGUGCAGUUUAAACAAAGGUUGUGGAUUUGGGUGUCAGAUUCAUCACAUUACGUAUUGUUUCUUGGUAGCUUAUGGUACAGAGCGAACAUUAAUAAUCAAAUCUAAAGGGUGGAGGUAUCAUAAGGAUGGCUGGGAAUCUGUUUUCAAACCACUUAGCGAUACAUGUGUGUCUACAAAUGGAGCAUCUCAUGCUAACUGGCCCGGUGAUUCUUCUAAACAAGUCAUCUCAUUACCAAUUGUGGACAAUGUUUAUCCUAAACCAAGAUACCAACCACCAAGUGUACCUGCAGAUUUAGCUGUAAGAUUAGAAAAACUUCAUGGACAUCCAAUAGUAUGGUGGGUUGGUCAAGUUCUGAAAUAUUUAAUGCGUCCUCAAGAACAUGUGCAAAAGACUCUGGAGUAUGCGAAGGAAAGGCUUGGUUUCAAGAAGCCUAUUGUUGGAGUUCAUGUAAGAAGAACAGACAAAGUUGGAACUGAAGCUGCUUAUCACGACAUAGAUGAGUAUAUGAGCAAAGUGGAACAGUAUUUCAAUGAAUUUGAAAUAAAACCAGAAGUGAAACGGGUCUUUCUUGCUAGCGAUGAUCCCAAAGUAAUUACAGCAGCAAAAAAUCGUUAUCCGAACUACGAAAUAAUAGGGGAUCCAAAAAUCGCUGAAACAGCAUCAGUCGCAAGACGAUAUUCAGAUUCUUCCCUGCAAGGAAUAAUUGUAGAUAUACAUCUGUUGUCUGAAUCCGAUUACUUAGUAUGCACGUUCAGCUCUCAGGUGUGCCGUGUGGCAUAUGAGUUAAUGCAAACAUAUUACACAGAUGCCUAUAAUAGAUUUACAUCACUGGAUGAUAUUUAUUAUUACGGUGGUCAAAAUCCACAUCCCCAUCAAGUUAUUCUAGAUCAUAAACCACGAAAAACUGGUGAAAUAGAACUAAAAGUAGGAGAUUUGAUCGAAGUAUUUGGAAAUCAUUGGGAUGGUUACUCCAAAGGUUACAACACUAGAACCAGUAUGACUGGUUUAUUUCCUAGCUUUAAAGUAAGGAAUCCCGUGGACGCUGUAGACUUUCCAAAAUAUUCAUACGUCCUGUCACAUGACAACAAAAACGAGUAGACACAUUUUUAAUACAUAGUAAUCUUGAAAAUAUUCAGAUUGCUUGAAAAAUGAUAUAACUUGCCUUUGUAUUCGAAUUGUUGACAAGCAGUAUAAAAAAUUAUGAAUACGUAUAUAUUUUAUUACUAGUAAGUGACAGAUUUGAUUUUUACAAAUUGAAACUAUCACGAGU